CCCCAGAGUGCUAAAUUUAUCUUCAGACGAGCUACCGCGCCCGCCGCGAAUUGGAUCUCUAUGGAGGUGGCAUAGGCGAUAUCCCUGACCUGAGAGCAUCGCCCGGCCCCCCGAAUCCUUCUUCCCUCUGUUUUGUUUUUCAUUUCUCCCCUUCCUCCCUUCCCCCCUCUCCCCUCCAGUCAGCGACGACUGGCUCUUGACCCCGUUCAGGCCUCGGUGAAGGCUUUUGGUUACUCCCCUUCCACCCUAUCCCUUAAUUUUAUUUUUUUUGAAGCGUCUGCGUUUCAAGCUGCCAAGGUGGAGAGAGUGAUUGCAGAAGGGAGUGCUCCUCAUUUCAGCUUUUAUUUUUAUGUGAUAAUCUACCUUUAAGAAAAGGUGUGCCAUACCUGAGAGCACCAGGAAGUCGAAUGAGAGAUCACCUGAUACACGAACGUGUGAUGUUCCAUCUGCGCGUUGAUGCAUAGGCAGCACUUACAAAUUAACUGAUGUGUUGCUAUAUAUCAUCUCUUUGAUGGUUGCUCAUCUUCUAUGUAUCCUGUCUUAUAAUUUCAACACAUUUGUGAUACUCAAUGUUUAUUCUAAAUUAACCAUGUUUUGUACCACAAAUUCAUUGCCUAUGGAUCUGUUGCUGAAACAAGGAAGUCUUAAACAAGAAGUAGAAUCUUUUUGUUAUCAAAUUGUGUCUGAAUCAAAUGAUCAAAAGGUUGGAAUAUUACAGAGUGAAGAUGAGCAGUUGCAGCCUGCAGUUUCUAAAAAUUCAGAAGGUGAGCUUUCCAGGGUCAAAUUUAUGUCCAAUUCCAACAAAAUAACAACAUUUAGUAAGAAACCAAAAAGAAGAAAAUAUGAUGAAAGUUAUUUAUCUUUUGGAUUUACUUACUUUGGAAAUAGAGAUGCACCUCAUGCCCAGUGUGUAUUAUGUAAGAAAAUUUUAUCAAAUAGCUCUUUGGCCCCUAGUAAGCUUCGAAGACAUUUGGAAACUAAACAUGCUGCAUACAAAGACAAAGACAUAAGCUUUUUCAAGCAACAUCUUGAUUCACCUGAAAAUAAUAAACCGCCAGCACCUAAAAUUGUCAAUACAGAUAAUGAAAGUGCUACAGAAGCAUCAUACAAUGUAAGUUACCAUAUAGCUCUGAGUGGAGAGGCUCAUACUAUUGGAGAAUUGCUUAUCAAGCCUUGUGCAAAAGAUGUGGUGAUGCGGAUGUUUGACGAACAGUAUAGUAAAAAAAUAGAUGCAGUACAACUAUCAAACAGUACUGUUGCACGUCGAAUUAAGGAUCUAGCUGCUGACAUUGAAGAAGAGCUUGUUUGUAGACUGAAAAUUUGUGAUGGGUUUUCACUGCAGCUAGAUGAAUCAGCUGAUGUUUCAGGACUUGCUGUGCUGCUUGUGUUUGUUCGUUACAGGUUUAAUAAGUCUAUUGAGGAAGACCUACUGUUAUGUGAGUCUUUGCAAAGUAAUGCCACUGGUGAAGAAAUUUUCAACUGCAUUAACAGUUUUAUGCAGAAACAUGAAAUUGAAUGGGAAAAAUGUGUUGAUGUUUGUAGUGAUGCUUCCAGGGCAAUGGACGGGAAAAUUGCUGAGGCUGUCACCUUGAUAAAAUAUGUGGCUCCCGAAAGCUCCAGUAGUCACUGCCUGUUAUAUAGACAUGCACUAGCAGUUAAAACAAUGCCUGCAUCUCUGAAAAAUGUGCUAGAUCAGGCCGUACAAAUCAUCAAUUAUAUUAAAGCUCGACCACAUCAAUCCAGACUACUAAAAAUUUUGUGUGAAGAAAUGGGUGCCCAGCACACAGCACUUCUUCUAAAUACAGAGGUGAGGUGGCUUUCCCGAGGUAAAGUUCUUGUAAGACUUUUUGAGCUUCGUCGUGAACUGUUGGUUUUCAUGGAUUCUGCUUUUCGACUGUCUGAUUGUUUAACAAAUUCAUCUUGGCUGCUAAGACUUGUAUAUCUUGCAGAUAUUUUUACUAAAUUAAAUGAGGUUAAUCUGUCAAUGCAAGGAAAAAAUGUGACAGUGUUCACAGUAUUUGAUAAAAUGUCAUCAUUGUUAAGAAAAUUGGAAUUUUGGGCCUCAUCUGUCGAAGAAGAAAACUUUGAUUGUUUUCCUACACUCAGUGACUUUUUGACUGAAAUUAAUUCUACAGUUGAUAAAGAUAUUUGCAGUGCCAUAGUGCAGCACCUAAGGGGUUUGCGCUCUACUCUGUUAAAAUAUUUUCCUGUAACAAAUGACAAUAAUGCUUGGGUUAGAAAUCCAUUUACAGUAACUGUUAAACCAGCCUCAUUAGUAGCACGGGACUAUGAGAGCCUGAUUGAUUUAACAUCUGAUUCUCAAGUGAAACAAAAUUUCAGUGAACUUUCACUAAAUGAUUUUUGGAGUAGCCUAAUUCAAGAGUACCCAAGUGUUGCAAGGCGUGCAGUUCGUGUACUUCUUCCUUUUGCUACAAUGCACAUGUGUGAGACAGGAUUUUCAUAUUAUGCUGCAACAAAAACGAAAUACAGGAAAAGACUUGAUGCUGCACCUCACAUGCGGAUCCGACUUAGCAACAUUACACCUAAUAUUAAGCGGAUAUGUGACAAAAAGACACAAAAACACUGUUCUCAUUAAAAUUGGAGGGUUUUGCAUGCCUCUUGAUAACCAAAUAUAAGAUGAAAAUAAAAGAUGAUUUACUUCA